UUGCGAAUCACACUUGCUCUCGAACGCACGCUGUUUUUAAAAUGAUUCUGUUGUUGUUGUUGUGCGCGCUUGUUGUAUUUGUUGUGGCUUCGUGGGUUUACUUCCUUAGCGAUGUGAGGAAGUACAACGUCCCUGGACCCACUCCGUAUCCCGUUAUUGGGAAUGGGAAUUUAUUCCUGUGCGAUUCUAAUAAGUUUUUGCAAAUUCUUUCCGAAUUGGCAGUACAAUAUAAAGAUGCUUAUCGCAUAUACAUCAUGUCAGACAGAUAUUUUGUGCUAUCACACCCUAAAUACAUUGAGCAACUGAUAUCAAGCACAGAAAUAAUAAGCAAAGGAAUAUCCUACAACUUCCUGCGGCCCUGGUUAGGGGAUGGCCUCUUGACAUCAACAGGUCCAAAAUGGAGAAGUCAUCGCAAAUUUCUUACUCCGGCUUUCCAUUACAACAUACUCCACACGUUCCUCCCCGUGUUUCUGAAGAAUGGAAAUAUUUUGUGCGGUACACUGAAGAAAAAGGCGGAUGGUUCAUCUAUAGAGUUGUUCCCCAUUAUGGCUAUGGCGGCGCUGGAUAAUAUUACAGAAACAAUAAUGGGGGUGUCCUUGGAUGCUCAAAAGGAAAAAGACUCCAAAUAUGUUAAAUCGAUUGACGACGUAAGUCAAAUCAUGGCAACCAGAAUGAGAGACGUGUUCUUGGGCAACGAUCUCUUCUUCUCCCUCACACCACACAAGAGGAAACACGACAAAGCGAUCGAGUUCAUGAACAGACACACGAAGGAAGUCAUCGACGCUAGGAGGAAAGAGUUGAAUGUCGCCAACGCUAAGAAGUUGGUUGAAAGUUCGGAGUUAGGUAUGAAAAACAAGCAUGCCUUCCUGGACUUGCUGCUAUUGGCCGAAGUUGACGGCAAACAGAUCAGUGACGACUGCGUCCGCGACGAAGUCGUCACAUUUAUGUUUGAAGGUCACGACACUACCGCGUCGGGUACAGUGUACGGAUUGUACUGCAUCGCGAACCAUCCAGAAGUGCAGCAAAGGAUUCUAGAAGAACAGACGGAAGUUUUGGGCGGCGAUUUAAAUAGAGAUCCGACCUUUGGCGAGCUCCAACAGAUGAAGUAUCUAGAGUGCGUGAUCAAGGAGAGCCUCCGUUUGUACCCGUCUGUCCCCAUGAUCCAGAGAAUGGUUCCUAAAGACGUCGUAAUGGCAGGCCUGCGGUUCCCAAAGAACACAACGGUCAUGAUCAACAUAUUCCGCAUGCACCGGAACCCCGACGUGUUCGAGGACCCCCUAGAGUUCCGACCGGAACGAUUUGAGACAUCCAGCAGUGCCAAAAACGCGUUCAGUUGGAUCCCGUUUAGCGCUGGGCCUAGGAACUGCAUUGGUCAAAAAUUCGCAAUGCUGGAAAUGAAAGUGACCUUAUCAACCAUUGUGAGGAACUUCGAGCUGUCUCCGUGUGGUGAUGAACCGGAGCCCUGCGGAGACCUCAUACUGAGGUCCAGGAAUGGGGUGCAUGUCAAGAUGAUGCCGAGGAAUUAAUAGUUGCAAGUCGACGUUUGUCUUAUCAUAUCAUUGAUAUAAUGUCCCGGGU